ACAUCAACAUGCAUCACAUGAUGAUUGUGCUUCAAGCUUAACUUCUACUCCACGCCAUCGAUUAUAAGCAAUCAACAAAAUAACAAUGCCCCCAACGCCGAGAACUGCGCUCCUAACCGUGUCAAAUCGAUGUUUACAAUGUCAUGAAAUUGGCCUAAAAUAUUCAUUCCGGAGCUUCUCCGCACUCAAUCGUCCGCCUCCAAGCUAUCCGGGACAUGUCCCUCUUACCAGAAUCGAGCGCGGCGUGCUCGCGAUAGGUUCUGCAUUUGGCUCUCUCCUUAAUCCCAGGAGACAUGACCUCAUCGCAGCAUUAGGCGAAGCCACAGCAACGCCUUACUUCAUAUACCGUCUUCGUGAUGCCAUGCUCUCAAGCCCCACGGGUCGUCGUAUCCUACGAGACCGUCCUCGUCUCACAUCCGAAACCCUCAAACUACCCUACCUACGCUCAUUACCCGAAAACUCAGUUGGCCGAACAUACGCAAAAUGGCUAGAUAGAGAAGGAGUGUCACCCGACACCAGAGAUAGCGUGCAAUACAUCGACGACGAGGAAUGCGCAUAUGUGAUGCAACGAUAUCGCGAGUGUCACGAUUUCUAUCACGCCGUAACCGGGCUACCGACAAUGGUUGAAGGCGAAUUAGCGCUCAAGGCGUUUGAAUUCUUGAAUACGGUUAUUCCCAUGACCGGGUUGAGUCUUGCAGCUGCGAUUCGACUGAAGCCUGCGGAACGAGAGCGAUUCUUCAAACUUCAUCUUCCGUGGGCAGUGCGCAGUGGGUUGUCGAGUGAGGAGUUGAUUAAUGUUUAUUGGGAAGAGCAGCUGGAACGGAACGUGGAUGAGUUAAGGGCUGAGUUGGGAAUUGAGGCGCCACCGGAUCUGAGAGAGAUACGACGUAUGAUGCGGCAACAGGAGAAGAGGGCAAAAGAACAGCAAAUGAAAGCUUCUGGCUUAUAAAACGUGUCCGCUUUAUGUCUUGAACAACACUGUUUACUGCCUUUGUAUAUUAGAUGUCGUGCAUAUCAUACAUUUGCAUUGGAGCGUUCUUGGUUUGUGUAUAUUUGAUUCUCCUUGGUCAUUUUCGGAGCUUCAUGGCAUAUGCGUGCCAGCUCGAUAAGCGACCUACCCAUUAACAAGUCAUGCUUCAUUUUUCAUAAUCUCGUCUCGGGCUCUUUAAAACAGUCCAACCACCAUCAUGUGCCCUUUAUAAAUCCAACAAAUCAUCAUCGUCAUCCCAACCACCCUUGCGACGACUAAAAACCACUUUAUGCUCCUCUUCCUCCUUGCGAGAGUUCUCCGCAACAGCAUUCAGUAGAUCUUUCAAUUGAUCUUCUGUCACUUUCUGGCGUAAUUGCCCCGUUUGCGCAAGCAUGAUGAGUCUGUUCUCGAUAUCUGUGGCGCGGGAUUCCUUGACGAGUCGUAUUCGUCCGAGUCGGUCUGCUGCAGCGGGGUCUAGGAUUUGGUUGAGUAUUGCGGCGCGUCGUUCAGCUGUUGUUU